CACCAUGGUGGUCACAAGGUGCGCACUACACAACGAUAUUAGCCUGGCAGUCAGAUUUAUGGCCUAGGUCAUCGGUCGUGUGCACCGUAGGGCAUCUGAAAUGGCCGGUCUGUGUACAAGUCGGCACAACCGGCACCUGCUAAAAUUCAAACUCCUCGCCUGCCAAAUCACUCCUCGAUCGACCAACCAGCGCUCAGCGCUCAGCACUCGACUUGUGUGGUAUAUAAACCAGGCUGGGCACGGGGUAUGUCGGAGAGGAUGACCAUGAGCUGUGGCGACAGAAUAGACGCGUCUGGAUCGUUUCCCGCCUCCGUUUACACAAAGAACAACAUACGACAAAUAACCGGAGAGGGCGACGAUAAUCCUUCACUCGUUGAACCUGGCAGCGGGCAUCCCGUUACUUCACCUUCACCUUUUCUGCCAGCAGAAAUCCUAGCCCUAAUUCUACAAUCAAGAUCGAAGCGGUGCGAGGAUAGAAAAGCCUGGAGAAAGAUAGUGAACGUUCUACUUAGCUGCAGCCUUGUAUCAAGAGCCUGGUACGAGGCUGCAAGAGCAGUUCUGUACCAGGAUAUUCGACUGUUUCGAGUCAACUCCGUUCGCUUACUUCUUUGCACCGUGCGCGAGAGGUUCGGCGGCCAUUGUCCUACUCACACUCUCCAAUUUAUGCAUCCUGAGCCGCAUCAAUGUAACAAAAAGCAACCAGAGGAGCAUGCGACACUCGCUGGAGAGAUUGUUGCGUGCUGCCCGGAAACUCAGGUACCUUGCAGGAGAGUAUGGCUCCCUGUGCUUCACCAGCAACAUGUCCCUCCCCGAGUACCCGUAUUUGAGGGAGCUCAAAGUAUCUGGGCAGAACCUCCACACCCUUGCCCCUCUUCUAUCGCGUUUAUGCAAUCUCGAGUCCUUUGAGAUGAUUCAGAGUGACAAUGGUGGCGGUCUCCUGGAACACUUUUCGCCGCCUCGCUUCAAGCUUUCACUUUAUCGAUAUCUAAAACACAUUUGUCUCUUGACCUAUGCAAAUGGCUUGAAUCGAGUUCACAGAGCAUAGAGUGCUUGGUGGUCCAGGGAAUAGGCGCGAGCGUGAGCCUAGGUCACU